UUCUUCUGUGAGACGCGACUGUCCGUAGAACAAAGUCGAGGUUAUACGCUGUCUCUCUCUGGAUUUUAAGGACUUUUUUGGAUACUGAGUGUGUCUGCCUGUGUUUUUCCUCACAUGUAGAUCUGAAUGUGCUAGUGAACUGUCUAUCGGAGAGCUCAAUGAGGGUGUGCGUACAGGCCUCGUUUCUGCUGUGUGUCCUGGCGAGUGUAUCAUCCGCUCCAUGUCUGCCUGAGCACUUUACUUGUGCGAGAGGCGGCUGUGUAUCUGAGGAGCAUGUUUGUGAUUUCAGAGAAAACUGUGAAGAUGGCAGUGAUGAGACUAACUGCUCACAGUUUGUGAGAUGUGACUUUCAGGAAGGUUUCUGUGGUUUUCAACAUCAUGUUUGGAUAAGAGGCUCAGGCUUGAGCCGGCCCAGUACUGAGGGAGAAAAUGUUACUGGUCACUGCCUCUAUAUACGAUCCAAAAAUGGAGAAGGAGUCACUGCUGAAAUAUACAGUCCUCUUUUCCAGCCUUCACAGACAUGCUGGCUAACUUUCUAUCGUCAUAUUGGGUUGCUGACAGGGGCUUUGCAGGUUCUGAUCCAAUUCAAAACUUCGGGAGAGAUGGAGGAGGUUUGGUUCCAGUCCACCUCCAAUCCUUAUCCACACACUCUUCCCUGGAUGCGAACAGUGGUGGUGUUAAACAGCAGAGAGGAGUUUAAGGUUGUGAUUAGAGGAUUGAUAUUCAACAGCAGUGACCCAAAUGAAGUUGUUGCGAUUGAUGAUCUGUCCUUCAGCAGAGAAUGUGUGGCAGCCAUAGAGACUGACAUCAAGGCACCCCUUUCAACUGACUUUCACUGUGGGGAAAAUGUCUAUGUGGAUGGGGUGAAAGUGUGUGACUUUUCUUUAGACUGCCCCAAUGGAGAGGAUGAGGCCAACUGUUCGGCACGGUGUGAUUUCGAGUCUGACUCAUGCGGUUGGUAUGAGCUCAUCCAGGGUGAUGGAUUUGAAUGGGUAAGAGGCUCAGCUGAUGGAGUCUCCAUAGAUUAUGUAGACCAAACACCACCCCAGGACCACUCGACUAAUACAAGUGCAGGCCACUUCAUGUUUAUUUUCAAGAAGAGCAGCAGGUUUUCCCAGCAGGCUUUGCUGCGCAGUCCUACAUUCCAGCAAGCAAGUUCAGAUUGUGUCAUGACCUUCUGGCACUAUAAUUCUGGCCAUUCUGUUGGUGCUGCUGAAAUGCACCUGCUGAUAGACGGCUUAGACAGCAUCACUUUACUUUGGCAAACACUGUACAACCAAGGUAACCAGUGGCACCCUAUAACUGUGCAGAUUGGCAGGCAGACCAGGUCUUUCUACAUUUCAGUUGCAAAACUGAGCCUGGGCGUGUAUGAGGGAGUCUCUGCCCUAGAUGAUAUUAUGUUCCAUAACUGCUCAUUGCCCGAGGCUGUGGAGAUGUGCCCUACUCCGUAUCACCAUCACUGCCUCCUGAGCAAAGCAUGUGUGAGCUUUUCUCUGAUCUGUGACCUGAUCGAUGACUGUGGAGAUGGAACAGACGAGGAAAACUGCUCCCCGGAGCUAAUGUGUGACUUUGAGGAAGGCCUGUGUAGCUGGACUCAGGAACCAGAAGAGGAUAUGUUUGAUUGGGCCCGUAUCCAAGGACCCACUCCUACUUUCAACACAGGCCCUUGGAAGGACCACACACAUGCCAAUGCCGAUGGCCACUUCCUUUAUAUCGAAUCUUCAGACCCACAGAAGUUCAAAGACACUGCUGUUCUUAUCAGUCGGCCUUUUCUUCCAACUCCUCGCCGAGGUCCUGAACCCAAACCACCAUGCAUUUUCAGAUUUCACUAUCACAUGUUUGGCCAAAAUGUGUUCCGUUUGGCUGUGUACAUGCGCACAAGUAACAGUGGUCGGGGAAACUUGUUGUGGGUUCGCUAUGGUGACCAAGGCAACUUCUGGCACAGGAUGAUACUGACGAUCUACAGUGCCCACCACUUUCAGAUUUUAGUGGAGGGGACUGUUGGUGAUGAUUUCAGAGGAGAUAUUGCCAUAGAUGAUCUGUCUUUCCUCGGCUGUCAGCCAUAUGAAGGUGAAUUACCCUCAAAGGAGCCCAGUACCUCUGCCCCUCUGCCCACCUUGUCAGCAGCACCCCCUCAUAGCUGCCCCCCUGACCAGUUUGUGUGCUCAACUGCAAGAGAGUGUGUGAGCCUCAAUCAAGUGUGCGAUUUCACACCCGACUGCUCCGAUAGCUCUGAUGAAGAGCAUUGUGUGAAGGAGUAUUGUGAUUUUGAAGGUGGCACGCUUUGUGGAUGGUAUUUAAAUGGUCCAGCCGUUCCUGUUCCUCCACAUGCCUUUUGCUGGCAGACAGGACAAGGGGAGAGUAUUCACCAAGGAGAACAGAACCACAGACCUGCUAAUGACCACACGCUUGGGUCUUCACAGGGUUGGUAUAUAUUUGCGGACAGCUCCAAUGGAGGAUAUGGUCACACCACCGAUCUCUUGACUGCUCCCAUCAAAAUAACAGGACCCCAGUGCACUCUGGUGUUCUGGUACCACAUGAGUGGUUUCACUGUUGGAACUCUGCAGGUCUUCAUCAAAUCAGGUACUGUCACACAUGAAGUUUGGUCCCAAAAUGGUAACCAAGGCAACAACUGGAGGAGGGGUGAGGUCUUCAUAGGAAUCCGUCAUAACAUACAGGUGGUUCUUCGAGCCAAGCGGGGCAUCAGCUACAUGGGUGAUGUUGUUGUUGAUGACGUGGCAUUUGUGGACUGUGCCCCUCCAAUAACGUCUGAUCUUCCUUGCCAUAACAACGAGUUCAUCUGUGCCAACGGUCAUUGUAUCUCUGAGGACAACUUGUGUGACUUUAUUGAUCACUGUGGAGAUGGCUCAGAUGAGAAUCAUUACAUAUGCAAGGGAUACAGUGGUCGCUGCAAUUUUGAAUUUGACCUUUGCUCAUGGAGACAGAGCCAAGAUGAUGACUUUGAUUGGUUGAUAAAACCAGGAAAUAUGCACACUCAUGGGACUGGACCAUCCACUGAUCACACCCUCCGUAAACCAUCAGGCCACUACUUAUAUCUAGAAGGAUCCUUUCCACAGAACACAGGAGAUACUGCCCGAAUCCUUGGACCUCUUUUUCAUCACCGCAGCAAGGAUUGCAAAAUGGUCUUUUACGUCCACAUGUCUGGUGACAACAUUGGCACUCUAAACGUGUACAUGUCUACAAACUCCAGUCGCUCACUCUUACUCAGCCUCACUGGCAAUCAAGGCAACUACUGGAGCAGACAGGAAGUGUCUCUCUCAUCUUCUGACAACUUCCGCAUUAUGUUUGAUGGCAAGGUGGGACUCAAUACUCGAGUUCACAUCUGCCUGGAUGACAUCAUCUUCUCAUCAGGUUGUAUUCUUGGUAGCAGAUUUGAGACAGAUACUACUCCCCGAUUACUCCCAGGAUCUUGUCCACCUGGUUCUUUACAGUGUACCAAUGCCAAUUGUUACAAGCGAGAGCAGAAAUGUGACUUUACUGAUGACUGUGGAGAUGGAUCUGAUGAGUUGGAUUGUGGGACAUCCUGCUUAUUUGAACAUGGGCGUUGUGGUUGGAAAAAUAGCCUGGCGGACACCUUUAGUUGGGCUCUUGGAGUUGGCUCCGUUCAUAUGAUCAGACCUCCUCAUGAUCAUACAUUUAAGAAUGAAAGUGGCCACUUUGUAUAUCUGGCAGCCACCCCUGUGGGAUUGAAGGGUGAUAAAGCUCACAUGAGAAGUUCUGUGUGGAAGGAGUCUAGUGCCACAUGUAAACUUGCCUUCUGGUACUAUAUUUCUGAAAAAGCCACAGGAAUCAUCCGUCUCUUUAUUAAGACAGAAAAUGAGCUGAAGGAGGUGUGGACAGAGCGGCAGAUGCACAGGGAAUGGAGAAGAGCGGAAGUGUCUCUGAGGAACCUGAGGAACUUUAUUCUCAUAUUUGAAGUUGUACGAACACAAGAUGUGAGUGGUGGAGCGGCUCUGGACGACCUGCAAUUCAUUGACUGUGCACCAUGGGCUGUCCAUCCUGGGUCAUGCCCCACUGUCACAGAUUUUGUGUGUAAUAAUGGAAACUGUAUUGAGUAUCAUUUGGAGUGUGAUGGUAAAGCUGACUGUUCGGAUGAGUCCGAUGAGUUAGACUGCAUGAUUGCUCCAGGAGCUUGUAAUUUUGACAUGCCUGGUGGCCAUUGGCAGGAGACCUGUCAGCUGUCUCAGGAUCCUCACAAUGACUUUGACUGGGAUAUAGGCUAUGGCAGAAUGCAUAAUGGGACAGGACCAUCAGCUGACCACAGCCCCAAUGGAGGAGGGGGGUACCUGUUUGUGAACUCCAGUGCCCAGACAGAAGGAGACAUUGCCAGCUUAAUAACCCAGCUGGAGUUUCCUGCCAGUGUUGGUAUAUGUCAUCUGCGCUUUUGGUUCCACAUGUACGGCUCACAUCACAUGGGUACGCUGAAGGUGUAUACCGUGGGCCACAGUGGAACACCCUUACUAAUGUGGGCAACCUGUGGAAACCAUGGAGACAGCUGGCAGUAUGCUAAUGUGAUCUUAUCAAAUGCAUCACCCUUCAGAGUAAGUAUUCAGGCAGAAGUGGGAGCUGACCAGUGGACUGACAUUGCUGUGGAUGACUUCUCUUUCACUAGGGAAUGUCUUGUUGGAGGUCCAGUGACCCCUAUCCCAAACACAUGCCACAUGGAGCUCUUCCAGUGUUUGUAUCUGUUCGAGUGUAUACCACUGAGUUGGCACUGUGAUGGUGAGGUGGACUGUCUUGACCACUCGGAUGAGGAGAUGUGUGUGAGCGUUGCUCCUGGCACUACGCCACCUCAAACAGGGUGUGAGACAGGAGAAUACCGCUGCAUGAACAACAGCUGUAUUCCUGCACUACUGCACUGCGAUUCUGUUUUAGAUUGCCCAAAUGGAGAAGAUGAAUAUGGAUGCCCGGUUAAGAUAUGUGAAGAAGGAGAACUAGUGUGUGAGGCGACUGCAGAGUGUGUUGCGUAUCAGAGUCGAUGCAACAAUAUUGUUGACUGCCAUCCUUUUCACUCUGAUGAGUCCAGCUGCUAUGAGUGUCCCUUUGGGUACUGUCUCAAUGGAGGGAGAUGUGCAGUAAAGGAGAAUGGACCAGUGUGCAUUUGUCCAUCACAGUGGACUGGGAAUCGUUGCCAAGAAAAAUCAUUUACUCCCACAACAUCUGUGAUACCGGAUAGUAAACUAGGUAAUUUGAUGGCUGUCAGUGUUGGACUAAGUGUAACUGUGAUCCUGGUAGUCAUUGCAACUGGAGUCAUUUUGUUCUGGUUAUUUCAAAAGAGACAUUCACACAAAGACUCCGGUCUUAUUGCUAAUGAAGAGUUGGAUAGCUCAACCUUUGACUUGCUGAAAAAGCUGCCCUCCCUUGACAUUAGACCAAGGUGGCCUGUACAUCCUCAACUAAACAUCAGCGUUUACCCAUGGAAAGAUGAUCCAAAGGUCUCCAGCUCAAAGGAAAGCAAGCUCUCUUUCUCCAACCCACUCUACAAGUGCCCAAACAGUUCUGAAGCUUGAAGAAAACAGACACGCAAACACUGGCCGUCAUGUCCCUAUAGAUUUAAAGUGCUUUCCACUUCAUUUGAGCCUGCCCGACAACAUGGCUGUACUUGCUUAGGGUUCAGAGGUUUGUUUUUUUACACAAACUCAUGGGAGGAAAAGUGCAAACACAAACAAGUUACAAUUAAGCAGAAUGAGCAGUUGAACUAUAUCAGUCAUAAAAAGUUUCUUAAAAGAAUCUGACAUAACUCAUUCCACAUGCUGUUAAGUCUCUAUGAGGCGCUGAAAUUACAUUUCCAUCUUAUUUUACAAGAGCCAACACUUUAUGUCAGUGCCUGCUUUAACAUUUGCUGAUAGAUGCCUAUGUAGGUUCAACAGCAACAGAUACAUAACCAUGGCGAAGCCAAAUGUUCAUGUUCAGCUACAAAAAAAAAAAAAGUAUUUCUGUGAUUUGAAAGGCAAUUUAUGUUUGUUUUUUUAACAUCAUGUUUUUUGUUUCACUGAAAAUGACAAACAAUGUCUUUCAGAAAAUAAAGGGAAAGCUAAGAAAAUCAUAUCUUUAUUAAAAUUAAAUAUUUACGAUGACCACAAUAUAACAUUAAUCCGGGAAGGUUUAUCAAAUCUAAUAUGGACUCAGGGUGUCAUUUCAGAUAUUGUUUUGCUUUUAGCCUCCUCUCCUUCCAGAUCUCUGUGGUUUUGAGAAUAUUGUAUUUUCAUUACU